CUUCCUACUUUCGCGGGCAGGACCGGAAGUGCGUUAUUCCAGCAAGCUUUUGCGACAGUUUGGGUCUGUGUUCUCGUGGGGGCCUUUGACUCUUAUUAAAUGUUACUUGAAAACAUUUUUUCGUGGGAGGAGAGAUUGCAAAACGGGGGUGCUUGUUGGCAGGCAGUGGGUGAAAAAGGCACUUUGCACCUUUUCCUGCAACAGCCGAUGGAAGGCAGGCGCGCUUGACGGCAGCAUCGAAGACGACCAGAAGGGCUGGCACUAAGGCCUCCGAAGGAUUGCCUGGAAUGGGAAGAUGCCCCUUGAGGUAAAAUGGCCCUUUCCCCAGGCUCCACAUCUACCCUGGACCUUGGCCAGCAGGGUGGUCAUGGGAUUGGUGGGUACCUACAGCUGCUUCUGGACCAGGUGUGUGAACCAGCUGAACAUCCAUAACAAAGAAGUCCUAUAUGAGCUGAUAGAGAAACGGGAGCCAGGCACCCCUCUGCUCACUGUCUGCAAUCAUCAGUCCUGUAUGGAUGAUCCACACCUGUGGGGAAUCCUGAAAUUAAGGCACGUCUGGAACUUGCAGAAGAUGCGAUGGACCCCAACAGCUGCUGAUAUCUGUUUCACCAAGGAGUUGCAUUCUCGUUUCUUCAGUCUUGGGCAAUGUGUUCCUGUCUGUCGUGGAGAUGGGGUCUAUCAAAAAGGCAUGGACUACAUCCUUGACAAACUUAACAAUGGAGAUUGGGUGCAUGUAUUCCCAGAAGGGAAAGUAAACAUGACCCAGGAGUUUGUGCGCUUCAAAUGGGGUGUUGGGCGUCUUCUGGCAGAGUGCCGCCUGCACCCUAUUAUAGUGCCACUCUGGCAUCUAGGGAUGAACGAUGUCCUCCCCAAUGCACCCCCUUAUAUACCCCGUAUUGGACAGAAGAUCACGGUGUUGAUUGGGAAACCAUUCACUGCCCGGCCUUUACUGGAACGCCUGCGGGCAGAGAACAAGUCAGCGGUAGAGAUGCGGAAAGCAUUGACUGAUUUUAUUCAGGAGGAGAUCCAGACGCUGAAGGAUCAGGCUGAGAGGCUCCAUCAGACUUUCAAGCUGCAGGGCGAGUGAUGGGGCUCAGGUGAGCCUUGGAGGCCAUCCCAGUGAGACACAAGAGAGUGUGCAGUCCUGGGACAUGGCGAGGGGAAGAGGUUGCAGCAUGGACUACCCGUAACCUCAGCUCUUGAGUGAAAUGAACCCACUCCUCCACCUAUGGCCCAAGCCAUACCGCAAGUGAAUUGGUGUCGCAUGAAGAGGAUUGGACAAAAGCACUUCCCUCUAUGUUUGUUGAUCCUCACAUUCCAAGAGCUUGCCCUGUGGUUACGCUUGUCUCCAAGAGGGAAGGGAAGGACUUGGACCUGUUUCUGUCUGAGGAAGUCCCUAUUGCCAGAGCCGAGUGGUGUUGGAGCUGCAAUUUGGUGAUGUGUGCCCAGAAGACAGGGGAGGAACUAGAGGGUCUGAAAAGGUCCACCCUUUGCUGUGAUUCUCCUCUGCAUUAGCCUCUCAUCCUCCGCUUGCAAAAGGGUGUGUGGUGUUUCUGUGAGCAUCUCUUUUGUAGAAUACUGACCUGUGGGUGAUUUUUAUACUUGGCACUUUUCCAAUAAAUUAUUCCAAACCCUGC